AAACAAACAUUUAGCAAAAUCCGUACGGAUCGUUAUUGUAUAGAAUUAAAGUUUGUGUAUAUACAUAUCUGUCUCAUGUAUGAUACGACAGUCUUAAAGAUAUUAUUAGGAAACUAUGGGAGUAAUACUCAAAUAAGUUCUGGCCAAAACAUUUAUUUCAUUAUCUUUUUUUUAAGAAGUUUUCACAACAGAGAUGUUGGGUAGUUUCUGCGACAAUGUAGUAACCUACGCUAUCUUUGCAACCUUGUCGCUUUGAGUUACCCAAGUUGUAACUAAAGAAAUUAUUCAGUAUAAAAUCGUUGCUACCAUCGGUCAAUUUAUCAGUCACCUACUCAGUUCCAACUGAAUACAGUGGAAACAUGAGGAGCUUGCUAUUAUUUUGUAUAGUUUCCGCGGCUUUAGCCUAUGUAAGCUGCCGGGAUUUGGUAAGAGAAAAACGGGAUGUCGAUUUAGAAGUCGCUGCCAGUGGGCACGGAGGAAAAUGGGACAAAGGAGGUGGCAAGGAGCACCAUGAACAUCAUCACCACGACCAUGGUGAGAAAGGACACAAAGGUUACAAGGGGCAUCACCACGAAGAACAUGGCAAAAAAGGGCACCACCACCACGAGGGUCACAAAGGACACCAUGAUGAACAUGGUGGUCACAAGAAACAUCAUCAUCAUGACGACGGUCACCAUCAUGAACAUCAUCACGGCGAGAAAGGACAUAAAGGACAUGGUCAUCAUGAAGAAGGACACUAUCAUAAGGGACAUUCAACCAAGGGCCAUCACGGAGUCCAUAAACAUGAUGAAUUCAAGAAGGAAAAGCACUUCCACGAUCAUCAUCACGAUGGCGGUCACCAUGAACACCACGGCGGUCAUCACGAAGAACAUGGUCACAAGAAGGGCGGUGGCUUCCACAAAGGCCACAAACACGGUGGUCAUCAUCAUCACGAACAUGGCAAGAAAGGUCAUCAUGAGAAGGGAGGACACCACCACGACCACAAAGGGCAUCACGAUGAAGGAGGUCAUCAUGAGCAUCACCAUCAUCACCAUGAUCAUGGCAAGAAGGGAGGUCAUGAAGACCACAAGCACUGGGGCUACAAGAAGGGACACAAAUAAACCCUUUUAAACAAUGACUGAUUUAUACAAAAGUUA